AUAUCUCUAUUUAUCCAGUGUGCGGAACGUAAGGUAAACAUGAAAAAUGGCCGAUGAUUCAAGUUCAUUAUUCCCGCUUCACUCGUGUGUUUAUCGUAACGAUAUUCGUCAAUUGUCUUCUCUUUUACGAACUACAGAUAUUAACCAAAAGGAUAAACAUGGGAACACAGUUCUUCAUUUGGCAGUUAUGUUGGGUCAUAAAGAAUGCAUACACUUGCUGCUAGCCCACAAUGCUCAGGUUAAAAUUAAGAAUGGACUUGGCUGGAAUCCACUUGCUGAAGCUAUCAGCUACGGUGAUCGACAAACAAUUCUGUUGUUAUUGAGAAAACUUAAGCAACAAAGUAAAGAACAGUUGGAAGAAAGGAGACCAAAACUGAUCCAGGCAUUAAAGCAAAUGGGUGACUUUUACUUACAACUCAAAUGGGAUUUUCAAAGCUGGGUACCAUUGGUAUCACGCAUACUGCCGUCUGAUAUUUGUCGCAUCCAUAAGAAAGGUUCAAAAAUACGGGUUGAUACAACUUUAGUUGAUUUUACUGACAUGCAUUGGGAGCGUGGGGACAUAAGUAUUGUAUUUAAUGGAGAAGCCGAACGACAACAGUCACUUUUUAUACUAGAUAACAAACAGAAAGUUUAUCAACAAAUUCGGUAUCAGGAAUCGGAGAGUGAGAUAGAGGACGAAGUCGAUAUCCUUAUGAGUAAUGAUAUAGUAGCUGUUCAAAUGUCGACACGUUUCAUUACGUUCAACCGCGCUCAAACUGGUUUCUUUUUUCGUGCUGACAAAACGGAAAUGGUGGGUCCAUAUCAGGCUGAAUUCUUUUCUAUUGGAGGUUUGGUUUUUGAAUCCCGCAAGAGGAGAGAACACCUUACUCAAGAAGACCUUCGCAAAAAUAAGGCGUUGAUGGAGACCCUGACGAAAGGUUCUAGUUCGAGUCUGACGGAGACCAGCAACGGCGAACCCAUACGCAGAGGGUCUUUACCUGCGCCAAUUAAAACGAUCCUCAGCUGGAAUGAUUACAUCAAUUGUAGUCACCCACCAAAUUUGGGUAGACAACUCAUAUGCAAAGAUGUGUCUAAAACAUUCCGCGCUACUGUUGCUAUGUGCCAAGAUUUUCCGUUAUCCAAAGCGAUGCUGUUAGAUGUGUUGGAAGUUGUAGCGCCUGUCAAACAUUUUAGCAAGCUCCGUGAAUUCGUUGAAAUGAAACUACCGCCCGGUUUUCCCGUAAAAGUUGACAUUCCAAUUUUACCGACCAUAACAACAAGAGUUAAUUUUCAAGACUUUGAAUUCCGCAACAAUAUGGAUAAUAUGUUGUUUCAAAUCCCCAAGGAUUAUACCGAGAACCCCGGAAGAUUCCCUGAUUUGUGACCAAUGGAAUGGAGCUUGCUGCUCAACUCAGAGCUUAGGGAAGUUGAGCCUUGCUGCUCCUAUCUUUACCCCGUUUCUUCAUCUAGUCAUAGUCAGUAUUCACAUCGUGGUGUACAAGAAAGCGCACCACCAUAUCCAGUAAGUGUUGAUAAAGUAAAUCACCUGUUCGAUCAUGCGGUUGAUGGCUGCUACCAGUUGGACCUGCCAUGUCAACAUCUGCUCACCAGUCCCUAUGCCUCCCAAUGUACCAUUCAUUUUCCCAUACAAAUCAAUUCCACCCAACCAAGUCCAAAUAAUACAGAAUUAUCAGAGCCAUAGAUAUAUAUCUAAACAUACAAAUAUAUAUAUCUAUAUUAUAUAUACAUAUAUACAAAACUUUACGGAUUGUGUUUGUUCCUAUGGCCAAGUUUUUGAGGAUGACAAUGUCCUAACAAUGACGUUUUCAAAAUCUUGUCAAAAGUUGUGUCAUCUGUGUUGCACUGCCCCACAUUUCAAAUUGGCUAAAUCCCUUAAACUCUACCGCCCUUAAAUUUCUGAUAUUAUGAGAUUCAAUAUUAUUUUUCCCUUAUUAAUUUGCAGUUGUAAAAAAGAGCAGAUAUGUUCGAGAUUUGCAGAUGUCGCGUGUACGAAGAACAAAACAAUACAGUUGUCGCGUGUCAAUGCCGCGACGGAUUGGUUGGCUAAUAGCCAUGAAUGUAAAA